AUGGAAGAAAAUGCUAUCGAAGCGAGAGGAAAAGGAAAAUACGCCUUAUUGACUCAUCUCGCGAUCAUUCUCGCAGCUAAGUUCGGUCUGAUCAAGAUAGUAGUCGGCAUAGCGCUCGUUGUGUUGGCCGUGAAGGCCAUGCUGGUGAUGGCGUGGAUGUUGGCCGUCUCACAACACGCGCCUCACCUGCUCACUCAACACACACAACACACACAACACAAUGUUAUAUUUGAUAUUAUAUCGCACGGUCUCACACAUCACUGA